AUGGCCUUCAUCAUAUUCCUCGCUUUCUCUCUUUUCCUCCAUGGAGCUCUUGGUGAGCUUAUAUGCGAGCAGUUGCCGGUGGAUCUCUGCGCAUACUCAGUUGCAACUUCUGGGCAGCGAUGCUUGCUAGAGAACUAUGUAGCGAAAGAUGGAACUGUUAAGUACGAAUGCAAGACAUCAGAAGUUGUUGUAGAUAGCUUGAACGAAUGGAUUGAGACUGAUGAAUGUGUUAACUCAUGUGGUCUCCGUAGAGAAACUGUCGGUAUUUCAUCAGACAAUCUCCUUCAGCCUCAGUUUUUGGCUAAACUUUGCUCAGACGCAUGCUAUCAAGUUUGCCCUAACAUUGUUGAUCUCUACUCCAAUUUGGCCUUGGGAGAAGGAACUUAUCUGCCGAAGUUGUGUGCCAAUCCUUGCCUUGCCAAGCACCAGGCUAGAAGUAAUGGUGUUGCAGCUUCUUCACCUGCCUCCAGUACUACAUUAGCCCAAGCACCUGAAGCAGCCAUUUUUGGGCAGUGCUGA